GGAAAAAAACAAAACAAAAAAAUAAUCAAGCAAAAAACCAAUAAACUAAAACCGUUCUACCGAUCUCGAAUAAUCGAAGAAGGAAGUAUCAUCGGUUGUACUCAAGAUCGAAUUUAUCGUAUAAGAGAUCUUAGCUUUAACUAAGUAUAUAAGUGAUAAUAAAUAAUUAAAUAAAUAAAAAGGAGGAAAAAAAAAGCAAAAGGAAAAAAAAAGAACGGAGGAAAGCGCGUCGAAGUUAGAAGGACGCGAUGAGGCGACUACACGUAGGAGGUUGUUACAGGAUCACGUGGACCGAGGCUCGACGUAGCUCGUGGCCGUGGAGAAGGAGAUUCUCAGGUCAGUCGGCCUGAGAUAUGCCAGAAUCGGCAACGGCUUCUCCGAUAGCAACGGAAACGGCUACGGCACGACAUCAUCAUCAUCAUCAUCAUCGUCAUCAUCAUCGGCCGGGUAGCCGGCACUUGCCGAUACCGAUCGAGACGAUAGAACGCCGGGUUUUUGCAACCCGACGUGAUCUCUUCGUUCCGGCCACGGUCGAUCCUCGUCCAAGUAGGGCUGUACAUUGUCCUGACUUGAACGCCUGUUUGAUCAAUGAGUCGCGUAUAGGCCUCGACGAGGUUGACUGUCGUGCCGUCCACUUUGGUUACGCGAUUCCUGUGAACGUAGUACCGAUAAAGGAGAGUCCUGACUUGGUCGAGCUUGUCCUAGAUCAUUCGUCGGAGUUGAGUACUAGAACGACGAGUUUUUUAUUGAAUCAUCACCCUCAACUUCGCGAGCAACAGCGCCACCACCACUACCAACAACAACAACAACAACAACAAGAUCAGGAAGAACGUGUAGAGGAACAGCAUUACCUCAAUUAUCAGGUCGAAGAGGAAUUCUUUAGAAUGGCCGCAACGGCGAAACACGAUCUCCGUAGAAAAUUUCCUACGGAGACUUCGUCGUCCGGUGACGAAGAUAUAGCAGCUAUCGCUAAACAAAUAAGUGAUCACGCCGAAGCGAUAUAUCAGACAUGGAAAAGCCGUGGUUUGGAACCAACGGAGAUUUUAAAUUGUCACAGUAAUGCCACAGCCGCCGACAAGUUCGGCAGUGCCCUUACACCCACCGCCUCGCCCGCUAGUGCCACUGGUAAAACUAUCGAGACAUUAAACGCAAGCAGCCCCAACUCGGCGGUGGAUAUUCUCGCUCAGACGCCGAACUUGGACAAUGGUAAUUUAGAAAAGCUAGUGAACAAUUUCGUGGUCGAGGACAAAGCGAGAAUAGCCGCUUCUAGCCAAAGAUCACCCUCGAAGACUCUGCCUUCUUCCAUUCAAUUCGCCUUGCAAAAAUUUGAAAGAAAUUCGACGCAGCAACAACAUCAGCAAACUUCGCCGCUUAAGGGCAACGGUUCUAUCGGCUCGAGCAACGUAACGAAACAGACCAAUAAACAGACUAAUUCGUCCCUUCAUUCGCCGACCUCGUCUUUCCCUAAUAAACCGUCGCAAAUAGUCAAGCCUCAAGUUUCGACUAAAGUACCGAGCGCUCAUCAUCAGGAAGUCUUUCUCGAGACAAUCGAGACGACAUUUCCGGCAGACCUAACUCCUUCCAAGAUCGUACAACAAAAGAGACCGGCCAGUACGGUAAUAUCCUCUUCUAUGAACUCUAACUUAAAUUCUGACGGUGCUAGCUCGAACCCAGGCUUAACCACGUGGCCGUUAAAAAAUAAAUUGAGUGACGGUAAACGAUCGAACGAUAACAGUCCUACCUCAGGUAGGACCACGCCGACUAGUCCGCAGGAUAGUAAAAUCACGUCUAUUGUGAAAGAUUCCAGCAAAAGUUCGGUUCGUGGUCGUUCGAAUCGUUUAGUCAGCGACGAUGCUUUCCUCGACGAGGUGGCACGAGAAGAGGAGAGAUUGAUAAACGCAUUGAAAACGGGUUCGGUUAUAACGGAGGAACCGCCCGAGAGAACAGGCUCUUCUAUAUUUCAAUUAGCCGCACGGCAGAAGCCAGCGAUCAAAAAGGAAAAGCCUAAAGUUGAACCGGUCAAGCCAAUUAUUAUUGGACAUAAUCACGAAGGAAUGACCUUGGUACCGACGUCGGCCGCAUUGGUUAACAAUGUGACAUCGUCGGUCCACGCCGGAAACAAUACCGAAGGGCCGAGCAAGUCUUUGAGCAAGGACGAGCUCUCGAAUAUGUCUGUCGUCGAUUAUGCCAAAGUAAGGUAUAGAGCGGCUCAACAAAACUCACCGGGUCAACAAAGACUCGAGGAACAGAAAUCGGUUGGUAACGUGGGAACAACGUACAACGCUACGGAACAAUUGGUAUCGAGCGCUAGGUCAAAGUUCGAGCCAGAAUCACGUAAGGAUAAUAAUAAAGAGGGCAACGUUAAGGAUGACAGAGACCCUAUAACAUCUAGAUGGGGUCCUAGAAUAAAUUCACCAAGGCCACGAUUGGAACAAGUGCCACAUCCCGAACUGACAACUCAACAGAAACAACACAUAAGAGCUGCCGCAGCUACGGGUACUGGAAACAAUCCGGUUAGACCGUUUCUCACUAGAGGAUCCGUCGCUGAACGUGUAUUGAUCUUCGAGAAAUGUCCUAGCGAAUUAUUGCUUGAUAAACGAGGUCCUCGUCCAGCUGGUAUCGCAACGUGGAGAACUGGCCACGAGGUUCAGAGCAAGGUUCAGAGUUAUGUAAAGGAAAAGACCCAGCAAAAAAGUUUACCACCACAUACUACUCUACAGAGGCACGUGAAGGCGAACAGAAAUGUUCACAUACCUAGGUUCUACUUCCCUGGCGGCAAACCCACACCUCUUUCUCAACUGGAGGCUACCAUUUCGAGAAUUACUACGGCGUUUCAAAGUUUGCCAGGUCAUCGAGCCUCUCGUGCACAAUUUCACUUGAUCACGAAGGCCUGUGAUCUACCCCUUUAUUGGAAGGUACCACUUUUCCUUGCCGCUAACAAAGAUCAGACCGAACACGUAGAGAUGAACACUUUUCUUGAAUUUUGGAAGGAAUUAACGAGUAGUCACCACGAUGCAGCUAGCAAGUUCAUUAGAAUUACAACGCGUGGUUUAAGAAACAACAUAUUACCUGAAGAUUUGAUACCCUUAGUUCAGGACGUUGUUGAAACGCAUCCAGGAUUAACAUUUUUAAAGGAAGCUAAGGAAUUUCAUUCACGUUAUGUUCACACGGUAAUCGCAAGGAUAUUUUAUUGCGUCAAUCGUAGCUGGAGCGGAAAGAUUUCGGUAGCUGAAUUACGAAGAAGUAAUCUUCUAGCUGUAAUAGGUGUCCUUGAACACGAAGAAGAUAUUAAUCAGGUGACCGCUUACUUCAGUUACGAACAUUUCUACGUGAUUUAUUGUAAGUUCUGGGAAUUGGAUCGUGAUCAUGAUCUUUUCAUCGAUAAAAUGGAUCUAACGAGACACAAUGAUAACGCAUUAUCUACGCGAAUGAUCGAACGAAUAUUUAGCGGAGCAGUUACGAGAGGUGGUGUCAAAAGUGGGGGUGUAAUUCAACAACCAGAAGAUAAGAUGAGUUAUACAGAAUUUGUAUGGUUUCUUCUCAGCGAAGAGGAUAAAAAUCAUCCGACAGCUAUCGAGUAUUGGUUUAGAUGUAUGGAUCUUGAUGGAGAUGGUUAUUUGUCCAUGUUUGAAUUGGAAUAUUUCUAUGAGGAACAGUUGCAUCGUAUGGAAGGUAUAGGACUCGAAACUUUACCCUUCGAAGAUUGUCUCUGUCAGAUGUUAGACAUGAUUCAUCCAGCAACACCAGGAAAGAUCUCAUUAAGCGAUCUAAAGAAAUGUAAAAUGACGUCGAUCUUUUUUGAUACCUUCUUCAAUCUAGAAAAAUAUCUCGACCAUGAACAGAGAGAUCCAUUUGCUUCGGCACGAGAUGGUCACGAGAUGUCCGAUUGGGAUCGAUUUGCGGCAGAAGAAUAUGAAUUAUUGGUUGCCGAAGAAAGUGGUAAUGACCAAAAGGAGCAAACAUCAUACGAUUCGACGUCAGAAGAUACAUUUUCGCCAAAUCUCGAUAUCCUAGUUGGCGAACCAGUGGAUGUUAUUUCUCAGGGUACAGAUGUUUUGUCAAAAACUCAUAAUGACAAUCUGUCGUCAUCCGUUGUUCGUGACCAGUCAAAAAAUCAACAUUAUGACAGUGGUGAUAGUGACGAUUAUGCCGAUAGCGACAGUUAGAUUGAUUCUAUGUGAAUCUCCUUGCACCGAAAUGGGAAGGAUGAGAAGCGAUGGUUGUGUGCAUUUGCAAUUUGUUUUUUUUUUUUUUUAAUUUUUUUUUAAUCUUUUUUUUUUUUUUUUUUUUGUUUUUUUUUUCUUGUUUAAAUGAACGAAUUAAGAAAGAGCAAUAGAAACUAUAAGCUGUGUUUAUAUACACACACAUACACACAUAUAUGCACAUAUACAUAUAUAUUAUUCUGUUGAGUAGUAAAUGAGAGAAGGACGGACACAACCUGAAACCUUGUUUACAAGGUUAAUACCAGAAAAUGAAAUAUUAGCCAAAAAUAAUAACUUUAGUAUGACAUUACGCCGUAUACGCGAUGGUAAUUGAUGUAAUAGAGAUGUGUCAUCUUAAACACACAAACGAUCGCAGUAUUAAUGAACACGAAAUAAUUCUCAGUGUGUCUGUGGAUUAUUUGAUCGUGUCGUGUAGUGAGAGUGCAAGUUUAUAAGUUGAGAAAAUUACCGAGUCAUGUAUCAAUUCGGUGGGUGUAAUUAAAUAGAUGACGCUCAUUCCAAUGUGCAAUAAAAAAAAAAAUAAAAUAAAAAGUAAAAA